UCCUCUGGAUUCAGUACAGUACUGUUACCGCUUUAGAAGGCCAGCGUCGGAGACCGGAAGAGCCUGGAGGGACCUUCAUGACGCCUCACUCUAUGGUCUCCAUGGUUUUAGAUAGGGCUUUUUCACUCCGGGAGCCAUUUUAGAUUGAAAACGAGGCUUGAAGUUCUAUUUUUUUUUAACCAAUAACCGUCCCUAGCCUGGGACAGGAGAGGAAGAAAGGAGCCAAAGUAGCAAACAAAGAAGUGGAAAGGCUGUGGCUCUGGGACCUGCUUUUUGGCCAUCCUUGUCCUCCGCGCCGUCCCCCAUGAUGGCUGGGACCUCCAACCUUCCCUACGGCGAGGACCGCGACAGCCUGCCUUGCGCUGCCCCCACGCCGCUCCCGCCCCCACCCUCCCAGGGCCUGACCCCUGACCCUGAAGUGGUGCUGACUCCAGAGCACCAUGCGGCCCAAAGAGUGAGCAGCGGGAUUCUCCGCUUACACCGGGAAGGAAAACUCCCACGCAGACAGGUGCAUUUCAGUCUGGAGUGUAUCUCUGACAAUUCUGGGGCGAUCAGCCUAGAGCCCCCCGAGAAAACCGUGGAGCCCCCUGAAGUCCCCAGAAUCAGGCUGGAGAGAGAACUCAGCCGAGUUUCCACAGAGGACACAACGCUGCCUCCUCCCAGUCCGUUGGCUGCGCCAGUUCCCCACAGCACCCUCGCACUCGGGGCAGAGGUGCAGGCAGCACGAGAGAAGGGCUUCAACGCCCGACAGGCGGCAGAGGAACUGGUGCAGCGCUCAUUUGUCACCCGGUGCGCUCUGGAGGCUCGGGUGGGAGAAGGUAUGAACAUCCCCCGGGACCAGCGGCUCUAUCAGGGGCUGGUCAGCCUCCAGGUGCCCAAAGAGGAAUUGGUAAACUCCGCUGUCCAGGAGAAACUGGCCCUGGUCCGGCACCGUCCUGAAGGCAGGCAGGAGCCUCCCUGCCUGGGCCCCGACUUGCUGGCUUUCUAUAACCCCAAGGAACUGUUCACCGAGACCCCCUUCUUGGAGGUCGAGGGGCUGCCGCCCUUGAAGCUCCAGCCUCGGCCAAGGGACCCGGCCACGACGUUCUUCAUGUACCGGAAGUUGCACCAAUGGGAUAGCUAAGAGGAGGAUUUUGGGGGAAGCUGUUGGCACUCUUCCUGCAGGGAAAAAAUGGACUCCAACCUUCUUCUGUGAGACACUGGGCUAUUUAUUUAGAAGGGAAUCAUCUUCCCUAUCCCUUUUGGCAUGUUUUUAUACAUAAAAAUGGAAUUGCAACCCUA